UAUAAUACCAAGAAGAAUGAAGAGCUUCCCUCCACAUCCAUAUCCGAACCAAAUUCCCUCCUUCUCUACCCUUUUGUAGUCUUCUCUUUAUCUCUCUCUUCCCGCUUUUUCCAAUCAUUCUUCACUUUUCCCAUCAACCAGAUCUCUCUCACACAAUCCCUCCUUCUUCCCGCCCAAUUCAAUUGCUCUUCGCAGAUUCGAUCACUGUGUAAAACCCCCAAAUAGACCUCCAAAAAAGGGCUUAAUCGAUCGCUCUUCUCAAUUCUACUCCAAUUGCAUCUAGAAUCAGUUGCGGUUGGUUUUGAUUUGCUUCGAAUUAGUCAACGAUUGCGCCAGAUCAUGCAACACCAGCAAAAUCAUAAUCAUUCCUUCUUAAAACGUCAGCUUCCUUUUACAUCAAUGAAGCCGCCGCCCUUCGGUGACUAUCAUCGAUUCUCUUCAACUACUGCCGCCCAUCACGAAUCGGAAGGCAUAGUCGUCAAAACUCCUCCAUUAAAGAGGAAGGGGGAUGCAACUAAUGAGCAGAGCCAGAGCCCCACUCCUGGAAACACUUUACCUACUACCACUUCUCUACAAACCCCUGUUUCUGGGAAAGCAUCAAAACCACAAAAAAUUCCUAGAAUUGGAAAGUGCAAUAGGGCAGGAUCCAAUGCUGAUUCUCCAUCAGGACAUAAUCUUACCCCUGUUGGCCCCUGUCGAUAUGAUAGCUCUUUAGGUCUUUUAACUAAGAAGUUCAUCAACCUUAUCAAGCAUGCAGAAGAUGGUAUUCUUGAUCUAAAUAAAGCAGCAGAAACACUAGAGGUACAAAAGAGGCGCAUCUAUGAUAUAACAAAUGUGCUAGAAGGAAUUGGUCUCAUAGAGAAAAAGCUAAAGAACAGGAUUCAAUGGAAGGGACUUGAUGCAUCGAAAGGGGAGGUUGAUGAGAGUAUUGCUAGUUUACAGGCAGAAGUUGAAAAUCUUUCAGUAGAGGAGCUUAGAUUAGAUGAGGAAACAAGAGAAAUGCAAGAGAGGUUAAGGGAUCUGAGUGAAGACGAAAGUAAUCAAAAGUGGCUUUUCGUCACUGAAGACGACAUUAAGAGCCUGCCCUGCUUCCAGGAAGAAACCUUGAUUGCAAUCAAAGCCCCGCAUGGGACUACUCUAGAAGUUCCAGAUCCUGAUGAGGGUGUUGACCAUCUUCAAAGGAGAUAUAGAAUAGUUCUGAGGAGUACAAUGGGGCCUAUUGAUGUUUACCUUGUCAGCCAAUUUGAGGAGAAGGUUGAGGAAAUGAAUGGUGGCAUCCCUUCAAGUUUGGGGAUGGUUGAGAAUCCGAUUAAAGAAACAACAAUGGAUGAGAGGCCUGGAACUGAUGCUCACACAUCAGAGGACUUUGUUAGCGGUGGGAUUAUGAAGAUAGUUCCAGAUAUUGAUAGCGACGCAGACUACUGGCUUUUAUCAGAAGCCGAUGUCAGCAUCACAGACAUAUGGACGACUGAAUCGAGUGUUGAAUGGAAUGAUUUGGACAUGCUUCAUAAUGACUACACCAUGCCCAUGCCAUUGCCAGGUGUCACUGUCACCACCACCCCACCAACUUCAGAUGCAAACCCUCCUACUCCUACUCCUACUCUUACUCCUACAGGGACAGAUUGGACAAUGUCACUAAAUAGUAACCAACUUUCAUAUUUGUUCCACUAUUGUGAAUCUUUGUAUCUUUUCGUUUAGAUCCUGAUUGAAACAUGUUGGUGAUAUAACUGAAACUGUUUCAAUAAAACACACCACAGCCGUGUCAGGUCAACAAAACAAAGCAGUAUAAACAAAAAACAAAAUUUGUCAACAAUGGAACGAAAUUGAAAGUCUAGUGGUUAAACCUGUUCAAAGAAAAAGUUUGGGGGUACUUAGGUGGAGUGGAACAUGUAUGUAACUUGGUUGCUGUUUAGUGACAAAGCACCUUGUAAAUAUUCCAGUUUCUCAGCAUGUAUCAAGUAGGCUUUGUAAGAUAUCAAACAGAACAAGGAGGGGGAUUACAUUACAAUACAUGCGUAUUUUAGUAACUUAGUGUGUCCAG